CCGGUCCCGUCAUCGCCCUGUCCACCCAUAACUUGACCUUGCAAUUUUCUCUUCCAGUUUUUAAAACGAUACCGCUCUGGCCAACCGAGACACAUCUUCUUCAUACUAGCUCCCGGCGAGCCUGGCCUUGAGAGUGAGCCAGCACCGGCCCCGUCGCCAUGAAUUACAUCAAGUCGACAGUCAACACGCUUCGCGACCGGUACACGCCGGUGACGCACACCUCGACCUUCCGAAAUACCGGCCAGAUCACGCCAGAGGAGUUCCUCGCCGCGGGCGACUACCUCGUGUACAAGUUCCCGACCUGGUCGUGGGGCGAUGCCGAUGACGAGAGUCGCCGCGUCAGCUACCUCCCUCCGGGCAAGCAAUAUCUCGUUACGAGGAACGUGCCAUGCCAUCGUCGCCUGAAUGAUGACUUUGCCGGCGACGCUGGACACGAGGAGGCGCUGGUCAACGACGGCGACGACUUCAAGCGCGGCGAGGGAGCCGCUGAUGACGAAGACGGGUGGCUGAGGACAGGCGGCCUGGCGAGCUCGCAGCCCUUGAAGGCAAGAGACGUCCGCGCGGUAGACGAUGCGGGCAACGUGACGGAAUCUACUGAUUUGGAUGAUGACAUCCCCGACAUGGAAGACGAGGACGACGACGAGGCCAUCAUCCGCGACGUCGGAUUGGACUCCGACACCAGUGGCCGCCGCACGUAUACGCUCUACAUCAUGUACACGCCGUACUACCGAACCCCGCGCCUGUACCUGUCCGGCUACCUGCCCAACGGCCAGCCGCUGCCCCCGCAGAGCAUGAUGGACGACAUCGUGGGCGACUACAAGGACAAGACGGUCACGCUCGAGGACUUUCCCUUCUUCGCCAACAACAUCAAGAUGGCGAGCGUCCAUCCCUGCAAGCACGCCUCCGUCAUGAAGACGCUCCUCGACCGCGCCGACGGUGCCCUCCGUAUCCGCCGCGAGAAGCUCCGCGCCGGGAAGACGGUGGGCACGGACCCCGGCAUGGAAGGCCUCGUCGACGAGUUGGGCAAGCUGGACGUCAGGAGCGCCCAGGAGGCUGCCGACAAGGACGAGUGGGAGGAGGUGCAGGGCGUUGACGCUGACGAGCAAGAGGUCGCGAUUCGCGUUGACCAGUACCUGGUCGUCUUCCUCAAGUUCAUGGCGAGCGUCACACCCGGCAUCGAACACGACUUCACGAUGGGCGUAUGAGAACUGGCCGCCACCUCCCGGAAGCGCGCCUCUCCCCCCCCCCCCUCUUCUUCAUCCAUGUCUUGAAUGCAGCGGGUCGCCGGCGUUUGUGAUUUUUUUGCGUGCGCGCGCGCGCGUGUUUGUGUGUGUAAUUUCAGAGUAGUGCGCAUCGACACAUAAAGACUUUUGCUCCAUGAUAGAUGAGUAGGUUACAGAAUGUCAAAACGGCCGUAGCGAGUCCCCCGGGUUUUACGGCCUCUGGUGUGAGUUUCUACCGCAGCAGUUCUGCAAAAGAUAUAAAUAUAUAUAUACCAGCCAGGUCCUUCC